AUCGUAAUUGGGGUGUGUAGGAGAGGCUUCUAUAAAUGGUACGGCGAUCCCCAGCAGCCUAUCUCCCCACGCUGACCGUGCCAUUCCCAGACGAGCCAGCGAAGAGGCAGAGGAAGGCAAAACAUGAGUGCUUUAGAACCCCAGAGUAUCAACUGGCAGACGACCUCCAACCGGCGGGAACAUAACACAAACAAAUUCUACAGCCAGGAGCUCAUCCUGCGGAGAGGCCAACCCUUCCAAUUCUCAUUGAUCUUGAACCGAAGUCUUGGCUCUGGAGAAAGUCUGGGGUUCAUAGCCUCCACAGGGUCUUAUGCCUCAGAGUCAGCCGGGACAAAGGCUGUGUUUCCACUCUCCAACAAGACAAGUGGUGGUGGCUGGGGUGCACAGCUCGUGUCCAACAAGGACAAAGUUCUGAACAUCUCCAUCAUCACUCCUGCCAAUGCACCCAUUGGACGGUACACACUGAACCUUCAGAUCUUCUCCCAGGGCAAAGAGUUCGUUCUGAAACUUGGGACAUUCAUACUGCUCUUUAACCCCUGGUUGCAAGCGGAUGGUGUCUUUAUGAGGAACGAAGCCGAGAGAGAGGAGUACGUUCAGGAAGAUGCUGGCAUCAUCUAUGUGGGAAGCACAAAUCGAAUUAGCAUGAUUGGCUGGAACUUUGGACAGUUUGAAGAAGACAUUCUGAACAUUUCCCUCUCGGUCCUGGAUCACAGUCUGAAUUUCCGCCGUGACCCUGCUACUGACGUGGCCCGCAGAAGCGACCCCAAAUAUGUUGGCCGGGUGCUGAGCGCAAUGAUCAAUAGCAAUGAUGACAAUGGUGUGAUUUCUGGGAACUGGAGCGGCGACUACACCGGUGGCCAGGACCCAAGGAGCUGGAACGGCAGUGUGGAGAUCCUCAAGGGGUGGAAAAAAUCUGGCUUCAGACCAGUGCAAUUUGGCCAGUGCUGGGUCUUUGCUGGGACCCUCAACACAGUGCUGCGGUCUCUGGGGAUUCCCGCCCGCGUGGUCACCAACUUCAACUCAGCUCAUGACACUGACCGAAACCUCAGUGUGGAUGUGUACUACGACCCCAUGGGCAAUCCACUGGACAAAGGCCGCGACAGCGUAUGGAAUUUCCAUGUCUGGAAUGAAGCCUGGUUUGUGCGGACCGACCUGGGCCCCUCGUACAAUGGAUGGCAGGUUCUGGAUGCCACCCCCCAGGAGAGGAGCCAAGGGGUGUUCCAGUGUGGCCCAGCUUCGGUUAUCGCUGUCCGAGAGGGCGAUGUGGACAAGGACUUCGACAUGCCCUUCAUCUUUGCGGAGGUUAAUGCUGACCGCAUCACCUGGAUCUAUGAUGUCUACAACGGCACCCAGAAGCGGAGUUCCUCGGACUCUCGCAGCGUUGGCCAGUAUAUCAGCACCAAGGCAGUGGGCAGCAACUCUCGCCUGGACGUCACCGAUAAGUACAAGUACCCAGAAGGUUCCAGCCAGGAAAGACAAGUGUUUCAAAAGGCCUUGGAGAAACUUAAACCCAAUGUCGCAUUUGGUGCAACAUCUGCGAGAUACUUGGAAAGGGAUCUACAGCAGCCCAGCAUCUCUGGGACCUUCAAGGUCACUGGCAUCCUGGAAGUGGGCAAAGAAGUCAACCUGACCCUGAUGCUCAAAAACCUGACGAAUGAUAUGAAGACAGUGACAGUGAACAUGACGGCCUGGACUAUCGUCUACAACGGCACACUUGUACACGAGGUGUGGAAGGACUCCGUCACAAUAUCCCUGGAUCCCAAAGAAGAAAUACAGCAUCCCGUGAAGAUCCCGUAUGCCCAGUAUGAGACAUACCUGAAGGCGGACAACAUGAUCCGGACCACAGCCGUGUGCCAGGUCACCAACGAGGCCGAGGUGGUGGUGGCGAGGGACGUCAUCCUGGACAACCCCACCCUGACCCUGGAGGUGCUGGACCAGGCCCAGGUGCAGAAGCCUGUGAACGUGCAGAUGCACUUCUCCAACCCGCUGGAUGAGCCGGUGAAGAACUGCCUGCUGAUGGUGGAGGGGAGCGGCCUGCUGAUGGGCAGCCUCAAGAUCGACGUGCCAGCUCUGCGCCCCAAGGAGCAGUCCCGGGUGCGUUUUGAGAUCCUGCCCACUCGCAGUGGCACCAAGCAGCUGCUUGCUGACUUCUCCUGUGACAAGUUCCCUGCAAUCAAGGCCAUGCUGUCCAUUGACGUGGCCGAGUGAAGGGCUCGGGGGGCUGCCAUACAAACUUGGGUAACACGGAGCAGGCAGGGCUCGCCUGUGGAGUGAGGCCCCUGCCCAUGCCGUCCAGCCUGAGAAACCCACUCGGUCCCCCAAGACGGCCUGGACGCGGACCUCCAGCCUCCCCCUGGCCCGUGACUUGAUCACUUGUGCACAUUCCCCGGCUGCUUCUCCCCGUGGCUGCCUGCUCUGUGAGCCCCAUGGCCCCGCCCAGCCCUCACACCCAUCAACGCUGCGAGACAGAGUGGCACCUGACCCAGCAACUCUCCAAGUGGAUACGAGGGAGAAGACGGUCUGGACUGUUUGCUGAUCCCCAUCCUGCAGCUAGGACAUUCCUGCUACUCCCUCAGGCCACUGUGGAGGGGAGGGGAUGGGCAGCCAUCUGUCGUGGCACUCACGUCCUUACACUGAAAAUAAAGGUUAAAAAGAGUGCAAUCACCGA